AUUUUCCCACGCACACGCUUGUUUUUUAAACUGCUCAUCAACUGCGCCCCUUCUUGAAGCCUCUUGCUUGCUUUUUAUUCCCAGCCAUUUUGCGUCUUGUUCUUCUUGCCUUCUUUUUAGCUACGAACUGCUCAACAACGCAGAACAAAAUGUCAUACAAAAAUGGAUGGGACCAGCCAGGUUCUACGGAGACCAAUGGCACUGAAGGAUGGGGACCUGCUAGCGAUAUGCAAAACGGAUUGGAAAAUGGACACACCGAGGAACCUGACCAAGAGCCUGUCGCUCCCGCGGCAGAAACGCGCACGCACAAGUUUGGCUCAGGCUCUGAUCUUCCGCCUGUGGAUGAAGAGGCACGAGUCUGGUUUGGUACUGCCAGGCGGUGGGAAGAAGGCGAAGUGGACGAGACCCUAGAGCAAGAGUUGUAUGAGAAAAACAAGGUCAAUACGGGAAUCAACUUUGAACAGUUGGGUCAUGUCCCCAUUAAAGUUGCUGGAGAAGACGUUCCCCCGUUGCUUGAAAGCUUUGACGACAUUAAGCUGCACGAGGGACUCAAGUACAAUAUUACAAGUUUGAUGAAAUAUAACAAGCCUACUCCGAUUCAAAAGGCGGCUAUUCCCAUUCUGGCGAGUCGCCGUGACUUGAUGGCCUGCGCUCAGACAGGAAGUGGAAAGACGGCAGCCUAUCUGAUUCCUAUAAUCAACCGAAUGCUCUUGUUGGGUAAAGAAAAGCUCUGUCCCAAACCCACGUCCAUGUUUGAUCGUCAUGCAAAACCUUUGGUAUUGAUUAUUUCCCCAACUCGUGAGUUGGCCUGUCAGAUUUUUGAUGAGUGUCGCAAGUUUAGUUACAAGUCCUGGAUCAAACCUGCCGUACUCUAUGGGGGCGCCAACACGCGUUCGCUCAUGCAAAAUGUGGAGCGUGGAUGCCACAUCCUGGCUGCUACUCCGGGCAAGCUCCUGGACAUGAUUGAUAGAAACAGAGUUUCUUUGCAAUAUGUCAAAUGGCUGGUGAUUGACGAGGCGGAUCGUCUUCUCGAGCUGGGUUUUGAACAGGAAAUUCGUCGGAUCGUCCAACAGCACAUGUCGGCCGACUUGGAGUCUCGUCAAACGGCCUUGUUUUCCGCCACCUUUCCGAAAAAUGUUCGCAGAAUUGCUCGAGAAUUUUUGGGCGAUUGCCUACUUGUUACUGUCGGAAGAGUGGGAACAGUGCCCACCGAUAUUACCCAGACGAUCCUCAAAGUCGAUGAUUUUGACAAGCGGCGAGCUCUGCUUGAUCUCCUCUAUGAGCAAGAAGCCGGAUUAACACUCAUCUUUGUCAACACUUGCCGUGCUACGGAUACCUUGGACGACUAUUUGCACAACAACUCGUUCCCGGUAACCUCUGUCCACAGCGGGAGGAAUCAAGCUGAACGUGAAGAUGCACUGAGUGCUUUUAGGGCUGCGCGUAAACCUAUUAUGAUUGCGACGGAUCUUGCAGCGCGAGGAUUAGAUAUUCCGAACGUCGUUCAUGUCAUCAACUAUGACAUGCCUAAAAAUAUUGAUGAUUAUAUCCACCGAAUUGGACGCACUGCUCGCGUUGGGAACAAAGGAGCAGCAACAAGCUUCUUUAAUGACAACAAUUCAGAUAUUGCAACGGACCUGGUUCGCGUCCUGCGAGAAACCGAGCAGACUGUUCCAGAGUUUUUGAAUGAAUACCGCCCAGAUUAUGAGGAAACACCUGACUCUCCCGAGAAUGGCAUUGUGGACGAACUCAAAGAAGAGGAUCUCGAGGGCGAUCUUCCGGAUGGGUACGCCCCGCUUGGACAACAAGUCGCGAGUGGCAAUGACGAUGAUGCUACAUGGGGUAACGCUGGUGUUGAUGGCGGGGGCAAAUGGGGACAAGCUGACAGCACCGACCCUGUUUCCACUCAUGAGGACACUAACGAGGAAGGUGAUAGUGAUCAACCCAACAAUGGCAUGAGCGGUAGUUGGUAAACAAAAGUGAAAAGAUUAUCGUGUACUCUUUUGCAAAACAUUGAGACAUUUUGGGUUUCCUUGCACAUCAAAAUAUAUCGAGUACACACA